AUGGACAAACUCCGUUGCAGACAACAUCGCAGUUCGGCCGCUCGAAGUCCUGGCCCGCAAGAAAGCUUGGCAAGGCCAAGGCAGUGCGUGCCCUCACCUUCCGUGCGUUUCAAAAGGACCCAGUCGCGCCAGUACAUGGACACUGAUUGGGCAGGGCAGCCAUUGUGGCGCGCGCUGCUGCAAGGGCGAGACACUUGCCGCGAAGUCAAGUUGGACAAGCAUGCGGUGUGUUUGUCUGGUCAGAAUUCAUGCGAUCGACAAGACGGAACCAAACUCCCGAACAGACUGCCAGAUCUGUCCUUGUCUCCUUGGCCACCAACCACCGGGCAAGAGCGGGCUGAUGCUCCGAGUUUUCGUCCAUGCACGGAAGCGUCGGAUUUCAACUCAAGGCUGGUCCCUCGCCGCACGCGGGAAACAGACGACCGAAGCUCAAUAUCGAUGCUCAAUGCGUUCGUGAGCCAUGCGGUCAGCCACCUGGCAUGGCGAGUGCACUUCGAAGCGACUCCCCGGUACGGUCCGCAAUUCGGCUACAGAUCUGGCAUCUUGCAGCUUUCACUGCAGUGCGCCCGUUUCUGUGUACGGAAAAGACGGUCCAGAGAGGAUCUUCUGAUGGAAGCGGUUGAGGACCGCUUUCUCAUGCACCGGCGAACAAAGACCGAUGUUGUCGUCACGAUUCACUAG